AGUUGCGAGAUGAAGACGCGCGCGUGUUAAAACCAACUUAGACUUCAACGUCACCCGUUGAGAUAAGUCAAAUUGGAACCAUGAGGACAGGCAUACCGACAUUGGGUGUCCUGACAAUAUUAAUUUUAUCAGCGUUCGGACAAAGCUUGGAAGAUGACGACUACUUCGAUCAAGAAACGCUACCACCGGGUUUCAUAAAAUUGCCAGAUACCCGUUGGAAAUUUCCACCUUGGAAACCAGGGAACCCGGGAUGGGGCAAAUCAGGGUUCCUGUGUAUAGAAGAAGGGUAUCACCCCGAUCCUCACGACUGUAGGGUGUUCUACAGAUGCGUUGAUUGGGGCAACGGACGGCCCUUGACAAGUUUUAGAUUCGAGUGCGCGUACGGCACGGUGUUCUCACCAAUCAGGGGAAACAUCUGUACGCACCCGCACGAAAGCGGUAGGGAGGAAUGUGGAGGUCGUUACAAUACAACCUCGUCGGAGUCUACACGAGAGACGACGAUAAUGACGACUACGUACGUUCCAUCGACUGAAAUCACAACCACGACUAAGGAACCUCAAACACCGACACAGACAACGACGUUAAGUCCGCCCACGACGACUUUACGUCCAUGGACGACGAGCAUUCAAACUACAACGAAUAGUGUACCGACGAGCAGCGGUCAAGUGCAAUGCACACAGGAGGGAUUCCUUUCCGAUCCACACGAUUGUAGAAAAUUCUAUAGAUGCGUGUAUGAUGGCAAAGGGGGAUUCACAAAAUAUGAAUUCGAAUGCGGGGUCGGAACUGUGUGGGAUCCGGAAAUUGAAGGGUGCAAUCAUCCAUGGGCUGUGUCACGUGAAGAUUGCAGAACAACUGGAACUCCAGGAAUACCAGGGACUUCUGGAUCUUCUGGCUCUCCAGGAACUACUGACACAUCUGGAACUUCUACCGUUUCUGAGUCCACUGGAACACCUGGCAUACCCGGAUCGCCAGGCACUCCUGGUACUCCGGGCACGCCCGGCACUCCCGAAAAACCAGGUACGCCUGAAACACCAAGCACACCAGGAUUCCCUGGCACACCUGGGUCUCCAGGAACUCCUGGAACACCUGGAACACCUGGCACUCCUGGUUCUCCUGGAACACCCGGAACGCCUGGCACACCUGGAACACCUGGCACUCCUGGUUCUCCUGGAACACCCGGAACGCCUGGCACACCAGGAACUUCAGGAACACCCGGUACAGCUAGUACACCUGGCUCCCCCGGAACUCCAGGGACUCCUGGCACACCAGGAACUCCUGGAACACCAGGCACCCCCAGCACACCCGGAUCUCCAGGAACUCCUGGGACUCCUGGCACACCAGGAACACCUGAAACACCAGGCACACCUAGCACACCUGGAUCUCCAGGAACUCCUGGUACACCAGGAACACCCGGAACGCCAGGAACUUCGGGAACACCCGGUACAGCUAGUACACCUGGAUCCCCCGGAACUCCUGGGACUCCUGGCACACCAGGAACACCUGGAACACCAGGUACACCCAGCACACCUGGAUCUCCAGGAACUCCUGGCACACCAGGAACACCUGGAACACCAGGCACACCUAGCACACCUGGUUCUCCAGAAACUCCUGGCACUCCUGGCACACCUGGAUCUCCAGGAACCCCUGGUACUCCUGGUACACCAGGAACACCUGGAACAACGGGCACAUCCAGCACACCUGAAUCUCCUGACACACCUGGUACCUCUGGAUCACCAGGAACUGAUGGCACACCUGGUACACCCGGAACGCCUGGUACACCAGGAACACCCGGUACGCCUGGCACACCGGGAACACCCGGUACAUCUAGCACACCUGAAUCUCCUGGGACACCUGGCACACCUGGGUCUUCUGGAACUCCCGGAACUACUGGCACAUCGGGCACUCCAGGCAUACCAGAGACUCCGGGAACACCCGGUACACCUAGCACACCUGGUUCUCCAGAAACUCCUGGUACUCCUGGCACACCUGGAUCUCCAGGUACACCAGGGACACCUGGCACACCAGGAACACCAGGUUCUCCCGGAUCAUCCGGAACGCCAGGUACAUCAGGUACACCUACAUCACCAGGCACCCCUGAAACUCCUGGCACACCUGGAAGUGGCACACCGGGAUCUCCCGGUACACCAGGAACUCCAGGGACAUCUGAACCAACCGGCACACCAGGUAGUUCUGGUACUGUUAGCACACCCAAUAGCAUUGGCACGUCUACAACACCUGGUGAUUCCGGCACAAAUAAUACUUCUGGGAAUGUCAGCACUACGGACACAAAUGGCACAACUGGCACAUUAAGCAUUUCAACAUCCACUAUUUCUAGCACGUUUAGCACUGUCAGCACUACUGAAGCAACAAAAACUCCCGCAAUAUCUAAGACUCCAUCGACUACUACUUCCUCAGAAACUGGCAGUACAAGUUCUACAUUACCUCCCGAAACAUCUAGUACAAGUGAAUACACCGACACUCCCAGUUCCACAUCCAGCCCUGAAACUACAACUACAUCCGAAACUCACAAAACGACUCCGUCCACCGGCAAAACCCAGACACCACAUAGUUCGAGUACUCACACACUUAGUAGUACAACCACUUCUGAAACUUCGACUCCCUCAGAAACUCCGAAACCGCCAAGUAGUUCAACUCCAUCCUCUACUGUUAGCA